AUGUCUCCACCACAUGAAAAUAAAAUGCUUACAUCGCAUUCACCGACAUCUUCAUCAAUGAUUACAGAUGACUAUUCGACAUGUAAUAGUAGUGAUGAGGUUAUAUCAAAACUUCAUUAUCGACAAUUACAACAAGAUUAUCGUUUGCCAAAUAUUAUUAUUUUUACUAUUUCGUUAAACGAAUGUAAUUCCUGUCUUUCAAAAAAGAAAUUUUCUGUUGAUAUACAAUUAUUAUCUUAUUCAUUUCUUGUUCGUUUAAUAAAUCGAACAUUUAAUUUACGUUCCAAUUUCACGUUAAUGGCAAAAGAAACUUCGUCAUUGAAAUGUAAUUUUCCGGUUACAGAUGAUUUUGAUGUUGAUGGUUGUAUAAUGAGUAUGUCAGAAGAUAUUGAGGAUGACAAUAAACAACAACAACAAUCAAUAUUAGAAUUUAUUGUUUAUAAAUAUCCAAGAACAAAAGAUCAGAUACAAUAUGAUUCAGAUGAUUGGUGUGUAGUUGAUGAUAAUUGUACAAAUUUAAAUGAUAAAGAUGAUAAUUUUGAAAUUAUACCCAUACGAAAUGAUUCGAUCUUAGUAACAAUUAAAGCAAAAGAUCAUCGACAAGAAACAUUCUUACAAAAAGCAACUGGUUGGCUACAUGGUUCAGUUCAUUCAUCAUCAAAUAAUAGUGUAACAAAAAAAGAAUUUUUACAGAUGUUAGAUCCAACAACAGGUCGUCUAUUAGAUGAACAAGCAUUUCGACAACGUAUAUUUGAUAAUGGUUGUGAUGAAUCAAUACGAAAAAUUGUUUGGUGUUAUUUAUUACGUGUGUUUAAUGAAUCAAUGACAAAUGAGGAUAAAACUGAGUAUACAAUGAAAGCAAAAGAACGAUAUAAUGAAAUGAAACAAGCAUGGCAACAUCGUUUUAAACAAGAAGAUUCAGAAAUCAUUCUACUUGAUAAUUUAAUACAAAAAGAUGUAAAACGUACUGAUCGUUCAGUGAAAUUUUUCGAUGAUAAAGAAAAUCUAUCGUGUCAAAAACUACUUAAUAUACUUAUGACUUAUAGUAUUUAUCAUCCCGAACCUGGUUAUGUGCAAGGCAUGAAUGAUAUGGCAGCACCAAUUCUAUAUGUUAUACGUGAUGAAGCAUUAGCUUACGCAUGUUUCUGUGCAUUGAUGCGUUAUAUGAGUCCAUUAUUUCAUCGAAAUGGUAUUGCAAUGAAUCGUCGAUUAGAUUUAUUAAGAAAAACUGUUCAAGCUAUUGAUAAUGAGUUAUGGACUAAAAUUGAACAGUGUGAUAUUGGUAAUUUAAUGUUUGCAUAUCGUUGGUUAUUAUUAGAUUGUAAACGUGAAUUUCCAUUUAAAGAUAUAUUUCGAGUAUUAGAAACAUUAUGGGCAUCAUUACCAAUCGAUAGAUUUGAAUCCAAUAAUGAUAAUACAUUUUCGGAUAGAGAUGAUCUUUGUCCUUCAUCAUUAUGUAGUCAAUAUCGUUCAUCAAUAGUUUCAUCUAUGUCAAAUACAUUCUUAUCAUCAUCUUCAUGUUCACCAACACUUGAUGAUACACGAUCUCAACAUUCAAGUCUUGAUGGUGGAGAUUCAGGUUAUCGUGAUGAACAAAUACCCGGUAUUUUUGAUUUUAAUUUACGUUUACAAAAACUUGAUAAUUCAACUUAUUUAACAACACAAA